UCGCCAAACACCCUGUAUAUGCAAUAUAUGGAGGGAAAGUUAAAUGGGAAUUUAGUUGGUGUGUGUGAUUCUGGUUAUCCAGUUUUACCAUUUCUUUUGACACCAAUAGGAAAUCCUCAGACAGAUGAGGAAUUGAUGUGUAAUACUAUUCACGGACGGACAAGACAAAUUGUAGAGAGAACAUAUGACGAAUGGAAACGACGAUUUCCUUGUCUAUCAAGAGGACUCAGCACAAAAUUAUUAUGCUCUACAUCUAUUGUAAUAGCAUGUGCUGUGCUACACAAUCUUGCAUUAAUAUUCCGUGAUGAACUUCCUGAGGGUAAUGAAGAUGAUGUAUAUGAUGAAUGUGAUGAUGUCCCAGUAAAUCCACCACACUGGCAGCCAGGAGAAGGGUUUGCAAUGAGACAAGCUCUUAUCGAGCGUUUAUUUCGAUAAAUUUUUUAUAUUCCUAGAC